AUGUAUCUUAGAACCUCAUCGGGUCUGUUUAUUUCUACUGAAGAUCGUAUUCCUUCUCGAAAUCUUACAUGUAAACAUGAUUUACCAUUAACAACAACUAUAUUAUUCGAUUGUGAAGCAUGUCUUGUUGCAUCUCGUAACUAUGCUAUCGAAACCAAACUUUCAUUAGCUGGUGCAGGACGAGCAAGCUUUUCCUAUACUUGCCUAAAAGUUAAUGAAGUCGAAGGCUACCAUGAAAGUCUUGUACGUGAAUGCCGUUAUUAUCCGCGCGAUACUCUCAGUGGUUUUGACGAUUUUUGUAUAGCUUCACCAUAUAGUUAUCUACGCGGUUCUUAUCGUGCUUGUUUAUGUACAACAAGUAUAUGCAAUUUUAAUUAUGCGCAAUGCAUUCACGAAGUAAACCAUACUAUCAUGCAAAAAUCAUCGUUAUUUACUAACACAAUUGUUCAAUUAACCAAAUCAGUUAAAUGUCAGCCACCUAAUGACGAUUCGGAACAAGAAAAAUCUGCAAGUUUAGCACCAUUAUGCCCGCAUCAUGAUUAUACAUGUAAAAACUACUUACUGGACAAUGCUGUUUUAUGUGUGAUUAGUGUUGAUCAAACAAAUCAAACGGCAAGACAAUCUUGGAUUCCAUCAAUUUAUUCAGCUUAUUUAAUAAAAUAUAAAACACAAUAUUGUAAGGCAUUUGCAUCGACACCUGAUAGUAUUCAUUUUUCACAAUGUAAAUUAGAUGAUGAUGUUUGUAUGUGUGCAGUCGAUGGAUGUAAUAAAGAUUUAGAAACAUGUAAAAAAAUAAAUCAAGGAAUAUCCGAGAAACGUUAUUCAAUUUUAUUGAUAUUUCUAUUUCUAUUAAGCACUUCAAUUUAA